AUGCCAAACUAUGCCAAAUUUAUGAAGGAGGUUAUGUCGAAGAAGCGUAAACUCGAGGACUAUGAGACAGUGAAGCUUACAGAAGAAUGUAGCGCUAUCAUAAAGAGACAACUACCAGAGAAAUUGAAGGAUCCAGGAUGUUUUACCAUCCCAUGUACAAUUGGUGGGUCAACUUUUGAGAGAGCUCUUUGCGAUCUAGGAGCUAGCAUAAACCUCAUACCUUUGUCGGUGUUUCGAAAACUUGGGCUUGGAGAGGUCACCCCUACAACCAUCUCCUGGCAAAUGGCGGAUAGGUCCAUUACCUACCCAUGGGGAAUCAUUGAAGACGUAUUGGUAAAAGUGGAUAAGUUCAUCUUCCCAGUUGAUUUUGUAGUUUUAGACAUGGAAGAAGAUCAGGAAAUCCCCAUUAUCCUUGGAAGGCCUUUCCUAGCUACCGGAAGGGCUUUAAUAGAUGUGCACAGUGGGAACUUGACUCUAAGGGUCAAUGAGGAGAAAGCCAUCUUCAACAUCUUAAAUCCCAAAAGGUCUCCGCAAGAAAAGCUGACAUGCAACCAAGUGGAGGAAUUGAAAUCUUGUAUCAAGGAGUUCACUCAAGAAGUUAUGCCGAAAGAUUCUUUGGGGAAUGGUCCUACCAAUUCCCUAACCAUAAAAAAAUUGAGCAAUGAACAUUGUCCCAAGAAAGAUGAUGUGGGGGAGUAUAUUGUUAAGAAGGCUGAAGCCAUUGCCACCCCGAUGAACAAUGAAAUGGUGGUGGCCAAGAAGAAGCACGACCAACGAACCUCGUGGCAAGAUCUCACUCCGGGCCAACGCGUCCUUCUUUUCAACUCUCAGUUGAAGCUCUCCCCUGAAAAGGUGGAGUCAAGAUUAUCUGGAACAUUUAAGAUCAAGCGAGUGUUUUCAUUUUGUACCAUCGAGCUAGAACCAGGAGGAUGA